CCAAUGGCUGAGUGCGUCGGUGUCACGUGACCAACAGCGCAGAAGAUUUGAAUUGUUUGUGUGGUUAUGUGUUUUCGUGUCGCAGUUUGAAUGCGGAGCAGAAAAGAAAAUUUGUGAGUUUUCAGAGGAACUUGAGGUCUGAUCCGGAUCAAUCUGUUUCCAACAGAGAAGAACCAACAGCGGGAUGGACUGUCGAGCUAACAGCGAUCUGUUCUUUCUGCCUGAUGAGAAGUUUGACUUCGAUGUUUCUCUGUCACCUGCCAGCUCCAAAGGUGACGAUGAUGAAGAUGAGGUGUUCGUGGGUCCGGUCAGCCGUAAAGAGAGGUGUGUCUCUAAUAACACGGUGUCUCUGCUCGAGGACGGCAGUGGCGUGCGAGCGAGCUGGAGUCCGCUGACCGGCGAUCAGCUAGAGGCUGUGUGUCAGGAAGCCCACAGACUAGCCGACCAGCUGCAGAGUGGCGAACUGAGCCGGCCACACGGCGAGGACGACGAGACCACCAACAUGACCACUGACAACACAAACGACAGGGAGGAGUUUGUCCAGGACGCUGAGUCCAAACUGGGUGUGCUCGGUCAGACCGUCAGUGCACUCAGCCCCAUCAAACGCCAGACCUUCUGCGUGCAGGACAGUCCCAUGAUGCAGCUGCCGCCUGCUGUCCAGCACAGCCUGCUGAGAGGAAGCUGCUCCAGUGCAGCUUCAUCCACCCGACAUGUCUCCGCCAACGCAGCUUCAUCCACCUCCAGACUCAGCACCUCCAGCCCUGUGGUCGGGGUCAAACCUCAGCCCAGGACGGGGCUGCGAGGGAAAGCCACGCUGGGCGUCGGCAUUGUGCUGCCGAGCAAACCGGCUGCCCCAAAAACUUCCUGUUUAGCCACCAAGAGCAGAGUGGAGAAAACCAGACUGCAACCACCGAGCAAAGCAGUGGGGGGGUGGAAACGUAGCCCAUCCCCUCAUCCCGCCUGCAGGGCAGAGUCAUAUGAGGAUCUGCUCUCUGAUUCGGCGAGCGUGGCUUCUGACAUCAGCGACUCCUCCCUCAACUCCAGCCUGCUGGGAAAACGCAUGCUAGCUCCGCCCACCAAGAGUGUUGUGAGAAACCUGUCAGGUGUGAAAGCUCCGCCCAUUCAGAGCAGGAGGGUGACAGACAGGAAGAACACGUCAUCAUCCUCGUCCUCAGUGUCCAGCUUCAACUCCAGCCUCUCUCUGUCCCCUGCUAAAGGGAAACUGAACUCUUCUCUGAACCGGAGUCUGAGUGGCUCCACUGGCCCCGCCCCCAGCAACAUCAGCAGACAGGCCAAUCACAGCAGGCCGCGCCGCUGCACCGUUUACGCCACCGCAGAGCCAGUGUCCUCUGCCGCCGGCCGCCGCUCACUGUCCGCCCAGGCCAGGAAGCUGUCUGAGGUGGAACGCGCCAAAGCCACAAGAUCCACACCGCUGAAGAGGGCUGAGGCCACGCCCCUCCAGGCAACACCUGCCAAGAGAGUUUUGGAGAGGGCAGCCUCCAUCCCCACCACAGCCUUAGUGCGGCCGCAGAGCGGAUUGAAGAACAAAUCCAAACCUGAGGCUCUGGUCCCACCGACGUCCAGUGGAGGAGUCAGAGGAGUCCCCCACGGAGAUGACGUCUCAAAGAUGUUGAAGCCAAAGAGGCUGAUGUCAACGAGCAGUGUGGACAGUCUUCCUCAGAAGCCCUCUGCUGGUCCUUUAACGCCCUCUGCUGGCGGCUGCAGGUCGCUGCAGGUGAAGGCACGCCGUCCCUCCGCCCUCCCCACUCCAGUGAGGCGCAGGAUGUCUGCCAUCCCUGUAGCCACGCCCACCAACCAGACCCGGCUCACCAGGCCGCCUCCCUCUAACUGUGACCCCGCCCCCGGCUCCACCUCGGCCAGGAGAGAGAGAAGCUGCAGCCCCGCCCCCUCAGGCACACAGGAGGCAGAGCCUGCUGAUGCUCCCGACAUCCAGCCCUUCUGUCUGGAGGAGGAGGAGCCCCAUGCUGCCCCGCCCUCUAGCCCUCCACAGCCUGACCAAUCAGAGAGCACAUGUCCUGGAGCACUGAGUCAGGGCGAAUCAGAGCCCAGCAGAAACCUGAUCGAACUGGAAACUACAGAGGAAAGCAACAGCAAGACACAGGAGGUUCUCCUGUUGGAUCUUCCAGCCCCGACUCUGCAGCCUCAAGAGAAACUGCUCAUCGACUUGACCAACACCCCCGACCUGAUCCGGACCAGUAACAAGACCUGCACCACAACUCAGCUGAUCGACCUGAGCUCCCCGCUCAUCAAGUGGAGUCCAGAAGACAAGAGGGAGAACAACGCUCCACUCAUCAACCUGUCCUUCUGAUCCGGAUCCUCCUGAAGACCUGGAUCUGAUGGUCUCUGCAGUAAACUGGACUCGGCAGGUUUCUGUCUUCAGAAACUCCAAAUAAUCCAGUUAAAUUAACUACAGUUUUGGUGUUUUUUUUCAGUGAGUAUUAUGUUUUAAAUGAUGAAAAUAUUCGCAAGUUGCACCUGAUUGUACUUUUAUUUGUCUCCGUCUUGCUGCUCUUAUUGAUGUCUAAAUAAAUGUUGUUAAUGUCACUACUGGAAAGGUUCAUGCUCCGUGUGUUUGUGCUGCUGAUCUCAGUCCAUCAACAUGGAAGCCUGAUUGUUCCUGAAUAUUUCUGAGCCUCACUCAUGACCAAACUAAAAAGAAGAAUUUUAAUUUGACAGUUACAAAUAAAAACUAUGUAAAAUGUAACAGUUCAGUCAGCAGUUGUUUUUGUUUUUUAAAUUUUUUAUUUUAUUUAUUUAUUUACUAAGUUGAUCAGCAGUCUGACACCAUCUUAGCAUUUAGAUGCUUUUGGAAAUGGAGCCCAGGAGCUGCUGGUAUGUAUAAAGCCAGUCAAAGUAAAACUUUGGUCUUAAAUGUGUCAAAAGAUGAAAAACAAGGGUCUUGCAUCUUCUGUAUUGGUCGGCGCAGUAUUUAUCGCUUCAGAACGCCUGGUGGCGCUGUACUAGUAGCGAAAAUGCAGAGGUCGGUUGAUCGGUCGGUCCGCCACUUUGGUCCGGACUAAAAUGUCUCAACGACUAUUGGAUGGAUUGUCAUGAAAUUUAGUACAGACAAUCAUGGUUCCCAGAGGGUGAAUCCUGCCGAUUUUGGUGAUCCCCUGACUGUAACGCCACCAUGAGGUUCACAUAUAAGGUUUUGAGUGAAUGUCUGAACAACUAUUGGAUGGACUGUCAUGAAAUUUGGUAAAGACAUUCAUGUUAUUCUCAUGAUCAGGUCAAAAUUAAAUUCUGUCCAAUACUUUGGUUUAUGACCCAAAUACCUGCAAAACUAAUGACAUUCCCAUCAGCCUCAGCUGUACUUUGUGCUUAGUGCUAGUUUGGCAAGUGCUAACACGCUAAACAUAGAUGGUGAACAAUUAAUAUAAACAGUAAUUAGACAUUAUACCUGCUUAACAUCAGCAUAUUAGCAUGUUGACGCCUCAAAGUCGCUAGCACGGCUGUAGACUUUUAGUCGUGUUCGGUCUAAGGAGCACAUUUCACAGAAAUACAGAUCUCAGCUUCUUGCGUGUUCCUGUACUAAAGAAGCGGACAUUCAUCAAUGAGAGUUUGCCUUAUUAAAUUAUACUGCAAUCUGUGUGGAAAAGGGAGGGAAAAUGCUAAAUUUGGAUGAGAUGGUGGAUGGAGAGAGUGUAAACGCUACAGAGAGAACUUCAUCACAGUGAGGUGGACUUUAUUUGAGCUGUGGCUCUGCACUAAAACUUGAAAUGGAUGAUAAAAUAAUCGCCACUCCCUUACUCAUAGGUGCACAUUAUGUGGGUGUUUGGGAGCUCAGACACCUACAGAGAAUUGUGAGCAUCGACAGGGGAAUCCUAUUGUGAGGUGACCAUUAUGGGAGAGUAGUAACGUCCAGUGAAGAGAAAUAGAGGACUGGACACAGUGUCUAAGCAGUGAGUUUUAAAGACAACUGCCAUAGAGUCGGUUAGUUAACUGUAAGCUACAACUUGAGCCCCAUUUUUUAUUUAGCCAUUAAUAGUUGGUUACGUGUUUGCAAAUUUGCACCAUUAACAGUAUGCAAAAUGAGCUAUUAGCAGUUUGCAUUUGUAAUGUACCCAUGGGUGUACAGACAACUAUCACUGGAUUACUUUGAUACUGAAGGAAACUUAAAAACAUCAUGAUUCUCAGGCAAGUUCUGGAGUUAUAAGGAGCAUCUUUCUUGGAUGGGCAUAGAUAAUAACCAGAAGGAUGUUAAAACAAACACAGAAUGACUCAAUAACUAAGAUAAAUGAAAAGUGAGUUAAAGGAUAGGUACACAUUUUUAAAGUAUUUCUUAAAACAAUACAAACAUGUCCAAAUGUACAUUGAAAGAGUGUAUUACUCUGGUGUAUUAAACUGGGCUGGAACGAUGCUGAUGAACCAUUCUCAGAUUCUUCUUCCUCUUUUCUGCCCAAAUAAAAAGGGCUGUCAUGUUUUGUCAUGCAUGCAAGAAUUCCUUGUAAUUGCAUUUCCAAUGAAAAACAAAUCUCAAACUGGUUAAAGCAGAAACGUUAUAAGAAGCAGGGUGUGUUCUUUUUCUGAAAUACUUCAGAAUCAUACUGCAGUUGUGCCAGAGAGGUGUGGCAGUCCUGUUCUUGUUUAUUCCUGGAGUUGGUUGGAUGUGUUUUGUAAAUUUGCUACUCAAGCGCAACACACUGUAAAUCUGUAUUUGAGGGGGUGUCCAAACUUUUCAUGCCAAGGGCCACAUGGAGAAAAAACAUAUAUUCCUGGGUGAUGAACCUUUUAAUUGAUCUUAAUGAGCGAGUUUUAGACACUUUGUGCUGUACAAUGUUUCUCUUGUUCAGUGUCAUAAGAGAAAAUGUUUUCUCACAUAUGUAUAUAUGUAUGCAUGUAUGCAUGCAGAGCCAAAUAAACUGAGCACGUCCCUUGCAUACUGUGUUUGUGUGCCUGCAGUACUUGCCCGUAACUGUGUAAAAAGUAACUUAAAAAAAAAAGGAUGCAAGCUGAUUCACUACACCCAAAGCAGAAGUUAUUAUGAAACCUUGACCUUUGUUCUUUUCUCUGGUAUUUGCACAAUUUUUGUAAAUGAUUGCUCAUAAUGUGAAGAGAUGUCUGCUUAUAAAUAUGUGCUUUAGUUCUUCAGUCAGUUUAUUUUUCCAUAUCGCAUCCAGAAAGAAGACAGACGCUAUAACUAAUUGUAAAGAUGAUCGAUAGAGAAGUUGCACUAGAAGCUUUGUGCACACUCUGCAAUGCCAAUGUAACUUCUGUUCAAACACAAGCUGUUUUUCCCAGAGCUGCCCGUUGUGGAGGAGCACCACAGCAGCAGCUGCUCAUCAAGAAUUUCAUCACUACAAUCUUGGAUGCAGAUGAAACCUGCCAGGUGUCAAGAUCCAACUUUGUCCACCUCCGAAGCGUCUUGCAAGGUGAUGAUCAGGCAGCAGGCUGUGCCCGAGGGAACCAUGUGGACAUUAGUACAGUAACAGGAAGGAAUCACAUCAUCGACGAGAAUGAAUUCUUUGACCCAAGAUUCGACUAUGAUUUCACCAAGUUGAAAGACAUCGAGACUUAUUACAGAGGUGGAGAGGUGUAUGAACGCCCAUGUGGUUGGCAGCGUUUUGCCCUCAAGAUCCUGGAUAAAUAUGAUGGAAAUACCUGGCUGGGAACUUCAUACCGUAGCACACAGUCAGUGCCUGGGGAGUGGCCUGUGUCAUACCAUGGGACAUCUAAGAUGGGUGCUGACGGCAUCAUCGAAGGAUACUACAAGCCAGGCUCAGGUCAGUAUUAUGGCAGGGGGAUUUAUUCUACUCCAUACAUCUCUGAGGCGAUCCAAUACGCCAAAACAUUCACCUCCAACAAGACGGGCAAGAAGUACCGAGUGAUUCUGCAGAAUCGUAUCAACCCCACGUACAGGCAGAAACACAACAACGACAAGUACUGGCUGGUUCCCAUCCCAAAAGGAACAUCAGCAACAGAAGAGCAGAAGAUAGUUGAAAGUGCCAUCCGUCCUUAUGGCCUUCUGUUGAAAGAGGUCUAACAGGGUGAAAAAGUUCACAAGAAAACCCACAAAUUUGAUCACAUAUUUGUUUCCUGAGCUUUAUUUUGAAAAGCCAGUGGGUGUGUUGUCUGAAGCAUCAACUUUGUCUUUAGUAGUCAAUGCAAAAUACUCUCUGAUGAUGUCAAAUGUAAUGAUGUCUCAUUUGCAUAUAUAGAUGAGUGUGGAAAAUUUAUAUCACAGCUAUAUGUAGUGUGAACUUUCUGCACUGAAAUUCUUCUUUCUUUGUUCCAUUUCCCAGUAAGCAUUUAAUAAACACAAUCUGAAACAAA